AAUAUCUGAGUGAGAAAGAGAGAGAGCGCUUUUCCUCAUUUCAGUUUCGCUUCACCUCUACGGCUCUAAUAAGCCUCCAUUCAUUCCCACGUUCUAUUUGAUUUCUCCCUCCACACUCAACUCUUUCAUCUCUCUAUUUAUUCAUCCAAGCAUCUUAAAUAUUGGAUCUUUCAAGGAGAUACUUCGCAUUUCGACUGAUUCCCCUCAGGCAUGCUUCCUUUCCCCCCUUUCUAUCUAAUUCUAUUUAUACAUUUUGCUCCAUUUUCUGCCUCCGAAUUCCCAGAAUGAGUACCCGAUCUUAAUGUGUUGUUUAUUUGGUUAGAGGCUGAUAUUCUUUUUUGGCCUUUUGAGUUUUUCGAGCAAAAAUUAUGGAUUGACUUAACUGGAUUCCUCUUUUGCUGCCAAAGUUUUAACCUUUUGGGUCCGGCGGAUAUCCCCAUUUGUGAGUUCGGCAGGUCAAAACAUUUUACCACUUUGGAUCUGGUUUGAAUGAAAACAAUUGCAAUGUGCUUCUCUCUCUUGCCAUUUCCCCGAUGCAGAAUUCAUUCAUUAGCUAAUUGUUGGUGGGAGAGUUUGUCUAAAUUUCGUAGCAGCAGUGGAAGCAGUUGCAGCUACAAGGUUCUGUGUUCAAACAACUAUGAGCUUGAAGGAGGAUAUAGCAGGAGGUGGACAAGACGGACUAUACACUCAAACACCGGAGGAAAUAAGGAGAGCCUAACUAGCAAUAAGAGUAUCAGUCGUAAUAUCAUUCCUGAAACAAGCAACGAUUCUGGUAAAUUAGAAACAACUAAGGUGCGGAGGACCAGAAAAUUAAGUAUCAGGAACAAUGUUGUAUCUAAAAGUUCAAGCACUGAAGUGAAUACGUACGAUGAAAGAGCAGAAGUUGAACGAAAUCAGCAUUAUGCUGACUUGGCCAGACUCGCAACCAUUAUUUGUUUUGAUAUUGAAACCACUGGUUUCGGCAAAGAAAGAGAUCGAAUAAUUGAGAUCGCAUGCCAAGACCUUCGAGGGGGCGAAAACAGCACCUUACAGACACUAAUCAAUCCAGAACGAGAUGUGCCAAAUGAACAAAUCCAUGGCAUUUCAACCAAUAUGGUUAACAGAUAUGAUAUACCCAGGAUGAAGGAUUUUAUUCCCGUCCUACUUCAGUAUGUCCGUAGCCGCCAGUUGCCUGGUGGAGUUGUGGUCUUGGUGUCUCAUAACGGGACAUCUUUUGACGUCCCCUUCCUGAAAAGGGAAUUUAGUCGGUGCUCUUAUGAGAUUCCUACAGAUUGGUUGUUUCUCGACACCCUGCCUCUGGCUCGUACAGUGAUGAAGACUAAAGGAACAAAAUCAAGGGUUUCGCUGCAGGCCCUCCGUGAGCACUAUGGCAUUCCAUCGGUCGGGCCAGCUCAUAGAGCCCUAUCAGAUGUACAUUUGUUGGCGUUGGUUCUCCAGAGACUCACUUAUGACUUGAAACUGCCGGUAUCUGGCCUCAUUCAAGCUUCCUUUAAAUAGGAAAUGCCUAGAUUCUAGAUUGUAAAAUUACUUGGUUGUAGCAUCUUCAAUCUCAUUCUUUUGAAUCAUUAGGUUGUGCCAAUGUACAGCUAGUGCGUUUCGCAUUUAAUGGCCGAAUUACGCAGUUAAAUGUACCAUUUGUUGUCAAAACAAAUUAUUUUCAUCAUUGUUGUCUGCAUUUCCAAAUUUUAA